UGUAAUAAACCCUCCUAUUCUUCUUCAUGUCAAAAUAUCAACACAAACUAUCUAGCAGGACAUUUAUGGCAAAACACUUUAGUUAACAUUCAGCUGCACAGCUAAUCAAGUGGGGAGAGAGAGAGCCUGGAACCAAAAGGGUCCGAAAGCUCUAGCCUUCUGUGUUCCAACCGAGUGAGGUGCAGUCACCAUGGGUCCCGGGUCCCUAUUCCGGAGUGAGGAGAUGUGCCUGACCCAGCUGUUCCUGCAGGUGGAGGCUGGGUACAGCUGCAUUGCAGAGUUGGGAGAGCUAGGACUGGUGCAGUUUAGAGAUCUAAAUGCCAGCACUAAUAACUUCCAAAGGAGAUUUGUGAAUGAGGUCCGCCGGUGCGAGGGGAUGGAGAGAAUUCUUCGAUUUCUGGAGAGUGAGAUGGUUAAUGACAAAAUUGAGAUGCGGGUCCCUGAAAAACCACCACAGACCCCACUGCCACGAGAAAUGAUUGACUUGGAGACUGUCCUGGAGAAGCUGGAGGGGGAACUACAAGAGGUGAACAGGAAUCAGCAGACACUUAAACAGAACUUCCUGGAACUCACAGAACUCAAACAUCUCCUGAAAAAGACCCAGGAUUUCUUUGAGGCAGAAGGAAACCUUCCUGAUGAUUUCUUUACUGAAGACACCAGCAGUCUGCUGGAGCUUAGGACAGUCCCCUCUGCUGCUGCAGCUGGAAAACUGGGAUUCACAGCUGGAGUUAUUGGCAGAGAACGCAUGUCAGCAUUUGAGAGGUUGCUGUGGAGAGUUUGUCGGGGGAAUAUUUAUCUGAAAUACAGCGAACUGGAGACAACACUGGAGGAUCCUGUAACACGGGAAGAGGUGAAGAAGAACGUAUUUGUGGUAUUUUACCAGGGGGACCAGCUUAAACAGAAAAUCAAGAAAAUUUGUGAUGGUUUUAAAGCCACUGUCUAUCCCUGUCCUGAGUCUGCCAGUGAACGGAGGGAGAUGGCAGUCGAUGUGAACACAAGGAUUGAAGACCUGAAUACAGUGAUCACCCAAACUGACUCUCACCAUCAGCGUGUUCUGCUAGAAGCAGCUCACAUCAUUUGCAACUGGAACAUUAAGGUCAAGAAGAUGAAAGCUGUGUACCAUGUGCUGAACUUGUGUAACAUUGAUGUCACCCAGCAGUGCAUCAUUGCUGAGAUCUGGUGCCCUGUAAAUGACAAAGAGCGCAUCCAACGCGCGCUUCACCGAGGCAUGGAGCGUAGUGGUUCCACCAUUGCUCCUAUUUUAACUAACAUUACUACGUCUUUGGAUCCUCCAACCUUCAAUCGUACCAACAAGUUCACAUCAGGAUUCCAAAAUAUUGUUGAUGCUUACGGGGUUGGAAAUUAUAGAGAGAUGAACCCAACCCCCUACACCAUCAUUACAUUCCCCUUUCUCUUUGCUGUGAUGUUCGGGGACUUUGGUCAUGGUGCGGUCAUGCUGGGAUUUGCCCUCUGGAUGGUCAUGAAUGAAAAGAAUUUAAUGUCUUCAAAGGGCAGCAAUGAGAUCUGGGAUACAUUUUUUGGAGGACGAUACUUGAUUCUUCUCAUGGGUAUUUUCUCCAUAUACACCGGCCUUAUCUACAAUGAUUGCUUCUCCAAAUCCCUCUCCAUAUUUGGCUCUUCUUGGAGUGUUCGACCAAUGUUUACAAGUGGCAAAUGGGAUGACCAUCUGUUACAUUCAGUCGCCCAGUUGCAACUGGAUCCUGCAGUUAAAGGGGUGUUCUCAGGAAACCCUUAUCCUUUUGGCAUUGACCCUAUCUGGAACAUUGCAAAAAACAAGUUAACCUUCCUCAACUCCUACAAGAUGAAGAUGUCUGUGGUCAUGGGGAUCACUCAGAUGAUCUUUGGUGUUGUUCUUGGACUUUUUAACCACGUGAACUUCAAGAGAACAAUGAAUAUCCUUCUGCAGUUCAUCCCAGAGAUGAUAUUUAUCCUUUGCCUCUUUGGCUACCUGGUCUUUAUGGUUAUCUUUAAGUGGUGCACCUAUAACGUGUACAACUCCCAGGCUGCUCCCAGUAUCCUCAUCCACUUCAUCAAUAUGUUCCUCUUCAAUUACAAUGAUCCAACUAAUGCUCCUCUCUAUGAACAUCAGAAAGAGGUACAGAGCUUCCUGGUCAUCUUUGCCCUUAUUGCAGUGCCCUGGAUGCUUCUAAUUAAGCCUUUUAUCUUACGUGCCAACCACAAUAAAGCACAACGUAUGCUGCAGGCAUCACCAACGCAUGAGGAAGAAGCUGAAGAAAUUGAUGUUGAGAAUGGGCAGAGCAAUCACUCCAAGACUAAAAAAGAGGAGGCUGCUCAAGGAGAUCACGGUGGACAUGGAGGAGGGCACGGAGAUCAUGGUGGAGAGUUUGAUUUUGGAGACAUCUUUGUCCACCAAGCCAUUCACACCAUAGAGUACUGUCUCGGCUGUAUAUCCAACACCGCUUCCUACCUGCGUCUCUGGGCUCUGAGUUUGGCGCAUGCACAGUUGUCCGAGGUGCUUUGGAGCAUGGUCAUGCACUAUGGCCUGAAUAGUGCAGGAUGGGGAGGGCUCGUUGGCGUCUUCAUUAUCUUUGCUGCUUUUGCUGUCCUUACGAUAGCCAUCCUGCUGGUCAUGGAGGGGCUCUCUGCCUUCCUGCACGCUCUUAGGCUUCAUUGGGUGGAAUUCCAGAACAAGUUCUACUCAGGCACUGGCUAUCUUUUCAGUCCAUUCUCCUUCCAGGGAAUCUUGGAUGGAACAAGUGAUGAUUAAAUUGGAAUGCUGACCCAAAAAUAACUCAUCUAUUUAUUAAUUCCAAUUCCAGAUGGAAUUGUUCUAAAUUACUUUCUCUAUUUCAAAUAAGCACACACCUUCUGCAGAAGAUCCUCACUACAUGGGAUUUAUACCCUUCUAGAAUUUGUACUGAAAAAUCCCAGAAUGCUAAUGUUAAAAAGCAAGAAAAUUUGGAAAAAAAAUUGGCUGCAGAACUAUUUAAUGUACAAAAAGAACAAUUAGAAUAACAGUUGUUUAAAAAAUAAAGUGUAAUUUGUUUUUCUACUUGCAUCCUAGACUUUAUAUUAAAAAAACAUUGUCUUCUAUGUGUGCUUAUUUUGCUUUGAAAGUAAUAAUUCUAAUGUAUUUGAUUGUAGCAAAAAAUAUAUUUAUUUUUUCUCCCGGU